UACAGGAGAUGACCAGAGACUGCAGACAUAGUACAGGAGAUGACCAGAUGACUGCGGACACAGUUCAGGAGAUGACCAGAGACUGCGGACACGGUGCAGGGAUGACCAGAGACUGCGGACACGGUGCAGGAGAUGACCAGAGACUGCGGACACGGUGCAGGAGAUGACCAGAGACUGCGGACACGGUACAGGAGAUGACCAGAGACUGCGGACACACGGGGAUGACCAGAGACUGCGGACACGGUACAGGGGAUGACCAGAGACUGCGGACACGGUACACGGGGGAUGACCAGAGACUGCGGACACGGUACAGG